CAAAUAUUAAAGGCAUUUAAAUGAUCUAAUUAAAAGCUUUUUUUCCCCCCUAGGAGAUAGUUGUUAUACUGAAUACCGAACUUCCUCUCAUUUAAGUGAAGAAUUUGUAAGUUUAUUACAUGGCAUUAUAUACCUGUUUGUGAAAGUGAUUAUCUGACUGUAAUGGUACAAUUUGUCUUUAGACCUACUUUAAAGGGACACUGUAGGCACCCAGACCACCUCAGCUCAUUGUGCAGUGCCCCAGGUCCCUUAACUCUGCAAAUAAUUAUUGCGUUUUUAAAUAAAUUGCAAUAAUUACCUUUGAGCGUUAACUCCACCUCUAGUGCCUGUUUACCAGACAGCCACUGUCUCCAGGUUAUUAGGCAACUUUUGGUCGCCUGAUGCUGGACUUUCUCAUGCAAUGCAUGAGGACAUCCAGCAUCACCCAAAAGCCCACAUGAAAGCACUAUACAAUGCUUUCCUAUGGAUGAAGCCCUAAUGCGAGCACAGCCAUCACUGUGCAUGUGCAUUAGGUCUUCCCUGCCUGCUGACGUUGGCAGGGAGGAGGUCGGAGGCAGAGCAGGAAACAGCACUGAGGGACAUCAGCGCUGGAAUCAGGUAAGUGACAGAAGGGGAGGCACUAUAGGGAGCUUUAGUGUCACGAAAACAACUGUUUUCCUGGCACAAUAGUUUCCCUGCAGGAAAAAGUUAUGACACGUAACUAUAGCUGAUGAUCUUGAUGAUCACAACAAAGCAUUUUACCAAAAUGGGAAGAAAUAUACCAUAAGAAAUGAACACCUGAGAGGACAAAGGAGAUAUACAAGUAGAAAUCCGGUAAGUAUACCACCCAACAAAAUAAGAUAGGGGGAAAAGAAAGCCUCAAUGAAAUGUGCCGAAAGUACAAUAAUAUAAAUAUUUAGUAUAGAUAUUCAGUAAAAAUACAUAACACAAAAAUAUGAGAGCACAAACCCAAAUGUACAAAAACAGGACAGACGCCUAAUGCAUUUUGUGCCUAGCGUGACACUUACUCAUAGACUUCUCUUCCCUAUCGGUCUCUGUAUAUCAAUAUUAUAUAUGACUACUUGUGUUCUGUCCUCGGUUUCUAUGUACUGUACUGCUGCUUUUGCAAUCUUAUAUGGCAAUAGAUUAUCAAAACUAUAAAAACACAUACAUGACUUAAUAAUGCCCACAUUAUUGUCACAGCUCCCAAUGAUUCCGCCGGUGUGGCCGCACUGAAAAAUAGCGGCUACGUCGACAGAAACAUCGUAUUCUAUCCUUCUAUCCCGGUGCCCAUAGAGUAUGGCGUUCCUAGAGAUGCCUGCCUCUGCGGUUCUGGUUUUAAUAGGAGACUUACCUCCGCCAACAUCAAAGAUGGCGCCAACGUGCGUAUGAUGUCACGUUUUGGGGUCGGAUGUCAGAGACAGCCAAUUACAGCCUAAGGAGGGUUAUUUAAACCCAGAUUACUUUUUUGUCAGUGCCCUGUCUUGGUUUCCACUGAUUGCGUUUUUACAGUAUUUGACUUCGGCUUCGUUUUGACUUCCCUAAUUUCUGGUAUCCUUGACUUCUGGCUUUCCUCCUAGUUGUGUCUCUUUCUGGGUCCCUGACCUCGGCAAGUAUUUUGACUAUUCUCAGGUACGUUAAUUCCAGCCAUUAUAAGGUCAGGUUAGAUGUUAUCCUUAGCCCUAGGUGUGAUACUAUUCUGCGAGCUUGAGCAACUAUAAUCCUGACAAUUAUGAAUUGUUACAUUAUAUGUUAUUUAUUACAAUACUACAUACAUUGUUUAUUUUAUUUAAUAACACAUAUUAUUUUGCAGUCUGAGUUAAGGAGAGCUGUUGCAUCCAUUAGGGAGGACUCUGAAUUUAAUGUGCUGAUGGAUGAGAUUGGAUGCAACUUGAUGUCCUCUGAAGAACCCUUGGAAGAACCCAAUGAUUCUCCUCAGAAUGAUUGUAGCUCAGUGGUAAUUAUUUUGGGUAUCAAUAUUUACAGUUUUGUAAAGCUAUAUAAAUAAUGCAAAGGAGAGCGCUACUGUUCUGAAGGAAACAGGGAAGCGGCUACACCGGUUUGAGCGGCUUGUGGCGCAAACUUUGAGCUGAACAAAUACUGGACCGUGUAAUUACGUGGCUUUACCUUAUCUGGUUUUAUGAACUUUAUCUAUUUGUUUUAAUUUGAUGUCUUAAUAAAAUAAAUAUUUACCCAAGAAAGAAUGGCUCGCCUUUCCAGUCCAGUACAAUUAAUUGGAUCCAUCACACACAAGGAGCUGAUCCUUCCAACGCUUUUAAAGUGAGAGUGGCACUCAUACCAGUCUGACACUGUGAGUUUGACUAAAAGUGUUUGGUUGUCCUGAUUCAAAGCAUAUAGAUGCUCUCCACUAUAUUUGUUUUAAUUCUGUCUUAAAGGUGCAGCCCAAGGACAUUUAAAGUAAAACACUCUUAAUAAGUAGUUUUAUAUUUUCCCUAUUUCUUUUGUAUUGCUUUGCAAACCAACUUGUGUUUUUUUUUUUUAGUAGUACAUAAAGAUAUUGGCUUUUAUUCUGUAUUGGUUGCUGCACAAUAAUAUUUACACUGUUUUUAAUAGCACAAGCACCUUAACCCCUUAAGGACGGUGGCUGUUCUAUGCUGUCCUUUUUGGGGUGGCUCUAAAUGCCGGAGCGCGGCAUAAAACAUCCCCGCCGUCCUUCAUACUUACCGAGUCCCCGCCAAUCCCCCGAUGCCGGUCGUGAUAAUGGGGUUUGCUUCAAAAUAGUUUUUGUAUUAAAUAAAAGUACUUAGAUCAUAUAUAUAUAUGAUCUAAGUACUUUUAUAUAGUAAACAUACACAAUCCAUUAUUCUAAGUAUAUUUUAAUAUUAAUAUAUGUAUAAUUAUAUAAAUAAAUAUUAAAAUACACUUAGAAUGACAUUAAUUUUAUAUAUAUAUAUAUAUAUAUAUAUAUAUAAUAAAAAUAAAUGUAAAAAAAAGAAUAAAAUAGAAUUAAAAAAAAAUUACCAGUUUAAAUUUGUUCUAACUGUAUUUUGAUAUUAAUAUACAUAUAUAUUUGAAUCAAAAUACAUUUAGAAUGACGUUAUAAAUACAUAUAUGUAUCUAUCGCUAAGGGGAAUACCGCCAAGCACUCACCGGUGGUGACUUCUCCUCUCUGUUUCCCUACAGCCUAUCAGGAAACACAGUUAGCUAUUUAAACCUAGUUUGUCCAUUUCUCAGUGCCCUGUUGUGGUUUCCAGUUGGUUAUCCGAGAGCGCAUUCCUUGUAUUGAUUUCUUGUGUAUCUGACCUUGGCUUCCCUUUUUGACUAUUCAAUAUCUGUAUUCCUUGACCUUUGGCUUGGCUCCUGACUAUUCUGAAAUUUCAAUGUGUAUAAACUGAAAAAUGUAAUGUGCUAUAUUUGACCCUGUAACUUUCCAAAACACAAUAAAACCUGUACUUUGGGGCUACAAAUAUGAAUACAAAUAUGUGUUCUUUAUUGCAAAAAUAUAUAGAUGCGUGUUAUUUCGUUCUAACUGUAGUGUGAUGUUAAUAUAUAUAUAUCAAAAUACACGUAGAACAAAAUAAUUUAUAUAGCUAUAUACAUAAAUAUAUACGUAUAUAUUACUAUAUAUAUACGCCCAUAUAUAAAUAAAAAUAUUUAAAAAAAAUUAUAUAUAUAUAUAUAUAUAUACACACACAUACGUAUAUAUAUAUAUAUAUAUAUAUAUAUACACACACACACACACACAUUAAUUCUACAUAUAUAUUUAUGUAAUAUUUUUACAUAAUUAGGUAUCUUAAUUAAUUACAAUUAGCGGGACCUGCCUGACAACCCAUGCCGAAAGUAAAGGGAAUUUAAUUUGCUAGCACUAUAUUUAACCCUAUAACUUUCCAAGACACCAUAAAACCUGUACAUGGGAGGUACUGUUCUACUCGGGAGACUUUGCUGAACACAAAUAUUAGUGUUUCAAAACAGUAAAAUGUAUUACAAUGAUGAUAUAGCCAGUAAAAGUGAAGUUUUUUGCAUUUUUCAUGCACAAACAGCACUUACACGGACAAUAUUAUUGCUGUGAUACUUUUUACUGUUUUGAAACACAAAUAUUUGUGUUCAGCAAAGUCUCCCGAGUACAACAGUACCCCUCAUGUACAGGUUUUAUGGUGUUUUCAAAAGUUACAGCGUCAAAUAUAAGGCUUGUGUUUCAUUUUUUUCACAUUAAAAUUCGCCAGAUUGGUUACGUUGCCUUUGAGACCCUAUGGUAGCCCAAGAAUGAAAAUUACCCCUACGAUGGCAUACCAUUUGCAAUAGUAGACAACCCAAGGUAUUGCAAACGGGGUAUGUCCAGUCUUUUUUAGUAGCCACUUAGUCACAAACACUGGACAAAAUUGGCGGUUUUUGCAUUUUUCACACACAAACAAAUACUAACGCUAACUUUGGCCAGUGUUUGUGACCAAAUGGCUACUAAAAAAGACUGGACAUACCCCAUUUGCAAUACCUUGGGUUGUCUACUAUUGCAAAUGGUAUUCCAUUAUGGGUGUAAAUUUAAUUCCUGGGCUACUAUACAGUCCCAAAGGCAACGUAACCAAUCUGGCGAAUUUCAAUUUCAAAUGUAACGUGCUUUAUUUGACCCUGUAACUUCCCAAAAUGCCAUAAAAUCUGUACAUAGGGGGUACUGUUUUACACGUGAGACUUUGCUGAAUUCAAAUAUGUGUAUUUUAUUGAAGUAAAAGCAAACAGUAUUAUGACAUUGACAGUUAAAAUGUCAUGUAGAACAAAAAAAAUAAAAAUAAAUCUUAUUUUCUCCCAUUUUUUUCAUAUUAAAUUAUGUUUCAUAGCUAAAUAUUUGAUAUUAAAUGAAAGCCCUGUUUCCCCUGGAUAAAAUGAUAUAUAAUAAGGGUGGGGUUCAAUGUAGAGAGUGGGAGAUAAAAAAUGUAAAGUAAGUGUUUUAAUGCAGGCUGUGUCAGUCAUAGCCAUGUGAGGUGUGGCUAGAGCUGCAUGGACAGUAACAGUAACAAAAGUGAUUUAACUCCUAAAUGGCAGAUAACUGAGUAGUGAGACUGAAGGGGCAUGAUCUAUACACCAAAACUACUCCAUUAAGCUAAAGUUAGUUUGAUGACAAUAGUGCCCCUUUAACAUUGACAAUCACUUUUCUAAUGGGAUGAAAUAUUUUUGUGAAUUAUUAGUAGCCACCCACAGGGAUACAACUACAAAUGUUUCAAUCUACUAGUGAACCUACUCACAGAUCUCAAGAUAUCCAAACUCUGUCUGAAUUCACUGCCGGAUUCUGAGUUUUAUUUAGACCUACAAAGACUGUGACCUACUGUAUUAGACUAUGUUACUAGACUAUAAUAGCUGCUGGUAUACUUUUCUUUCAAAAUGCAAGAAAUCUGUAAUCUACAGGUUUAAAUAUAUGGAGGGAAGAUAAUGUGUAGCGCCUAUGAACUUGUGGAAAUAUUUAUAGGUAACAUUUUAACACUCUUUUCCAGGUAUUCUGCCAGUUAAAUGAAAAUGGUCGAAAAUUGUGCAUUACUGACCCCACUACUGGUGAAACCAAAACUUAUAAUCUUUUACCUGAUUCCGAAGGGCAAUAUCCAUGCCAACUUUCUGAUUCUGAAAUUACUGAAAAUUGGGCAGAAUUGUCAGGUAUUUCAUCUUUAUUUCAAGAUGAAUAAAAUGGAUAUUUAACAAAUGUUAGAAAGCAAUACAAAACAAGAUAUAACCCAUUAAGCCACAUUUUCUUUCCACUCCAUUGUAACACCUAGAGACAAGGCAAUAAUCAGUUUCUAUAUAUGUCAAAGAGUUAAGUUGCCAGUAUUUCACCCACUUUUACUACAGAAGAACCAAUAUGGUUCAAAAGAUAGUGGUUACAAUAAAAUGUGAGAGAAUAUGAAAGGCAAAGUGAAUUUCAAAUUUAAGGCCAGAGUAACGAAACUAAAAGCAUAGUUUAUUUUCUUUUCAGCAUUGCUAUUUUGACCUUUAAUGUGAAAUUCUCUGUUAAUUCAAACUCUGUAAAUUCUAACUUCAGUAAUAAAAAACUGUAUGUAUUUACUUCAUGCAUAUUUUUUAAACUAUUAAUAAAAUAAUAAUGUACAUUACAAUCUAUAGUUUGUUAUGGAUUGAUAUGUUAAAGUCUCGUUGGCAGAUGUAGAUGUGAUAUUUUUCAUCGCUUUUUGCCUUGCCGUGCAGGGAUGUUGCUGGGGGGAGGUCAGAGGCCUAAGGCCAGCCCUGGCUGUAUCUAUCCCAAGGUGCCCACAUGGACGUCCCUGGUGCUUCCCCCUGUCAUGGAGAAAGCAGAUUAUGAACCCCCGAGGCGGGCGGCUGUGAGCACAUCAGAGGUGGCGAGUGAGCUGUAAUCCUCCUGCUCUACUCCCUCUAGCGCCGUCUACUCAUGCUCCCUGCAUCAGGAGACAGCCUGCGAGGGAGCAGAUUUUUAUUAUUAUUAUUAUUAUUAUUAUGAUAUUUAUAGAGCGCCGUCAAAUUCCGCAGCGCUUUACAAUGGGUGGACGAACAGACAUGUAGUUGUAACCAGACAAGUUGGACACACAGGAACAGAGGGGUUGAGGGCCCUGCUCAAUGAGCUUACAUGCUAGAUGGAGUGGGGUAAAAUGACACAAAAGGUAAGGAUAGUAUUAGACUAGUGACAGUUGCAGAAGAGGAAUCAGUCAGGAGCUAUUAACAGUUUAAUUGAUACGCUUUUAUGAAGAAGUGGGUUUUUAAAAAUUUUUUGAAGGAGUGGAGACUGGGUGAGCAUCUAACGAAGGAGGCAAGCGAGUUCCACAGGAACGGUGCAGCCCUCGAGAAAUAUUGAAGGCGAGCCUCAGAGGUGGGAGUACGGACAGAAGAUAGACGUAAGUCUUCAGCAGAUCGUAAGGGCCUAGAUGGGACAUACUUGUGUAUAAGGGAGGAUAGAUAAGUGGGAGCAGCAUUAUGUAGAGAUUUGAAAGCAAGAACCAGAAUUUUAAAUUAAGCUCUAUAUUUUAUAGGAAGCCAAUGUAGGGACUGACAGAAGGGUGAGGCAUGGGAGGUGCGGACGGACGGGAAGAUGAGCCUCACCGCCGCAUUCAUUAUGGACUGUAACGGCGCAAGUUGGGAGCACGUAAGACCACUGAGAAGCGGAUUACAGUAGUCAAGGCGAGAAAGGACAGUGGAAUGGACUACCAUUAGUCGCACCUUAGUCGCAUCUGGCGUUAAGUAGGGGCGGAUGCGCGCAAUGUUUUUGAGAUGGAAAUGACAGGAUUUGGCGAUAGAUUGAACAUGAGGCUUGAAGGAGAGGUCUGAGUCAAAGAGAACACCUAGGCAGCGAGCCUGCGUGGUGGAGCUGAUGGUAGCACCGUUGACUUGGAGGGAGACAGACACAGGAGCAACAACACUUGAGGGAGGAAAGACCAGAAUUUCAGUUUUGGUCAAGUUUAGUUUAAGGAAGUGGGCAGCCAUCCAGUUAGAAACAGCAGAGAGGCAGUCAGAGACACUAGUGAAGAGGGACGAGGAGAGGACAGGUAGAUUUGUGUGUCAUCCACAUAGAAAUGAUAUUGGAAGCCAAAGGAGCUAAUGAGUUUACCAAGGGAGGCAUUAUAGAUGGAGAACAGUAGGGGACCAAGGACUGAACCUUGGGGGACACCAACAGAGAGGAGUUGGGGAGAAGAAGCAGAGCCAGAGAAAGAAACACUGAAAGAGCUGGGAGAGGUAGGAGGAACACCAGGAGAGAGCAAUAUCUUGUAGACCGAUAUUGCAGAGGAUGAGAUGAAGCUGUUGAUGAUCAACAGUGUCAAAAGCCGCAGACAGGUCAAGGAGAAUUAGGAUAGAGUAGUGACCACGAGAUUUUGCAGCGAGUAGAUCAUUGGAUACUUUGGUCAGUGCCGUUUCCACAGAGUGCUUAGUGCGGAAACCAGACUGAAGCGGGUCUAGCAGAGAGUUGGACUCAAGGAAGUCUGUCAAUCUCGCAUACACAAAUUUUUCAACGAUCUUGGAUGCAAAAGGCAGUAGCGAGAUAGGACGAUAGUUGGAUGGAGAGUUAGGGUCGAGAUUGGGCUUCUUUAGAAUUGGGGUUACAGUUGCAUGUUUGAAGGGCAAUGGAAAUAUACCAGAGGAGAGAGAGAGAUUGAGAAUUUUAGUGAGAGGUUGAGAAAGAGAAGAAGACAGUACGGAUGAGAUGCGAGGGAAUUGGAUCUAGGGAGCAGGUGGUGGGUCGAGAGGACUGGAGCAGAGCAGAAAUCUCUUCCAAUGUAGCGGGUGCGAAUGAACAUAGAACAGCAGAGGGAGUAAAGUUAGGGGAAGUAUUGUAAGAGGAAGAAGAAAGAUGAGAGAUCUCUUCUCUGAUUGUAGAGAUCUUGUCAGUGAAGUGAGUUGCAAAGUCGGUCAAGUUAGUAGGUGGAGGAGGAACAGCAGGGCGAAGAAGAGAGUUAAAUGUGUGAAAUAGUCGUUUGAGUUCGCAGGAGAGUGUGGUUAUGAGGGUAUUGAAGUAAUUAACUUUUGCAGAGGAAAGAGCCAAGCUGUAUGAGCUCAGCAUAAAUUUAUAGUGGAGAAAGUCAGAUGGACAGUGAGACUUUCUCCAACAGCGUUUAGCAGUUCUGGAGCAUUUUUGGAGGUAUCGAGUGAGCUUGGUGUGCCAGGGUUGUAGUUGGGGGGGCCUGCGGCGUUUAAAUGUAUAAGGUGCCAUGAUGUCUAGUUGAGAGGAGAGGGUGGAAUUGUAGAAGGAGGUUGCUGAAUUGGGACAGGUGAGGUUUGAGAUAGGUAAAAGGAGAGUUUGGAGAUUAGUGGAGAAAUGCUCUAGGUCAAGACAUUGGAAGUUUCUGUGAGAGUGAUGUUCAGACGGUGGUGUCAAUUGGGUCUUAGGUAUGCCAAUGUCAAAAGUCAGCAGAUGGUGGUCAGAUAGAGGAAAAUGAAUAUUUUAGAGAUUAGAGGCAGUACAGAGGUUGGUGAAGGCAAGAUCAAGAGUGUUUCCUGCUGUAUGGGUUGCUAAAUUGGACCAUUGCGUAAGGCCAAAGGAGGAGGUUACAGAGAGCAGACGAGAGGCAUCAGUGCAAUUGGGGUUAUUGAUUGGGAUAUUGAAAUCCCCAAGUAUAAGGGAAGGAGUGCUAGAUGAGAGGAAGUGGGAAAGCCAGGAAGAAAAGUGUUCUAUGAAUAGUCUAGGACAGGGGUCGGCAACUUCUGGCACGUGUGCCACUCGCGGCACGCGGGGUGCAUCUGAGCGGCACACGGGGCUGCCGACCGAUCUACACUAAGGGAAACCAGAAUGGAACUUGGGUGGCGGCGGAACUUCCAGCAUCACAAGAACUUGCGAUCUGGAGUUCCGCCCAUCAAGCUACCCUUACCUCAGUUCCAAUGAUCUGUGCCUCGCCUCCAGCCCUCCCACUCUGUCAGCAGCAUCCUCAGCCCCGCCUCCAGACCAAGCUUCAGCCCCGCCUUCAGACCAAGCUUCAGCCCCGCCUCCUGUCCUCCUACUCUGUUAGAAGCAUUCUCAGCCUGGAUGAUUUAUUUACAGGUCAAAUUUGCAGCAAAUCUGUGUGGGGCUUCUUGUUUAUGUGAGCCAAUCAGAAGCAGUAGUGAUCACAGGGAUCACUUCUGCUCCUGACUGUCACAAAAUCAGAGAUUGCCUUGUCCCUUGUGUCUGCCACUGCUACUACCCUUGUGUCUGCUACUACCACUUCACUGUUUGCCUGCCAGUCCCUGACCCUGAAUAUUAUCAGGUAAAUUGCUUUAAAUUUUCCUGGUGCCAGUGCCACACUAUUUUUGUUACAAAUAAAUGCUCAUCAGGGCAUACAGGGAUGGUCCCCAAGAGCUGUCAAUCUAACUCAAAUUAACUUUAAUGUGAUACAAAGUAUUAUUAUACUGUCAGACAGUCCAUUUAUAUCACAUAUAUGUUAACUUGUGUUAGAUUGUAAGCUGUACACUCCAUUCCCUGGGUGCCCUGGUCUCUAUAUGUAAAGGCUUGAGGGAAUAGCCCCCAAAAGCUUGCAAUCUAAGUCGAGUGAGCAUUUCCUAAUUAUGUAAAAAAUACAAACAAAAAUACUAACUUGAGUUAGAUUGCAAGCUCUUGAAGCCAUUCCUCCAAUGUGAGAGACUAGGAGAGAUCAGAUAUGAAGUGUGACUGGUAAACUUGACUACAAUGUGUCACAUUACACUCCACCAUUCACACACACACAAAUCACACUCAGCUGCCCCCAUAUCGCCAAAACCCUCACACAAAUCACACUCAGCCAACCAUACGCACAACAGCUUCCCCCUUUUCACACACACACACACAUCACAAUCACCCAUACAAUACACAGACAUCCCACAUAAUUCCACACACAGUAGUAGAACACUGAUGCACUCUGAACCACAUAACUGAGUUUUAUUGCUGUGGAGCUCUGUGAUGAAAUUAUGCACUCACUUUGAUAUGAGUUGUAUCUCUGAGGGCUCUGUGAUAUGUUCAUACACUGCAUUUAUUACGUUCAUAUUACUGUGAUUGUUUUUGCAGUUGAGCUGUGUGAUACACUCAUAAACUCCUUACAUACAUGAGCGUUUUAUUGCUGUGGGGCUCUGUAAUACAUUCAGCGAUGCAUUUACCGUGAGGCUAACAAGGUAUUUGCGUUGGGCGGCACUUUCCAGGGGACAGCAAAAAACACUGCUCCAAAUACCCAUGCCUUGUUAGCCUUGUUUUAUGGGGGCCCAAGAGCUGACCAGUUAGCCAGUUUUGGGCCCCCGCGGGGCGGACAGCUAGUUGGUUUUCCAUGUGGGGGCGGCGCGGGAGCGCUGAUCUGUGAGCUCUUCCUGCUCUGCUCCCUCGCGCGCUGCUUACUGUUGCUACGAGCUGAAAUAUGACAUCAUAUUUCAGCUCUGGCAUCACUAAGUGGCAUGCAAGCGGGCAAAGCAAGAGGAUAACAGCUCCCUCGCUGCCUACUUUGUGAGCUUGUCUGCUUGCAAGCCCAGCAGCCCCACUGGACCCCAGGUAAAUAAUCUACUCAGCUUUCUCAACAGUAAUGAGCCUGGGAAGAUUUUUUUUUUUUUUUAAAGAAAUAGCCAAAAUUUGUGAGUGUUGGGGAAAAAUGUGUGUGUAUGUGUUUUUCAGUGAAUAUAUGUGUGUCUGUCAGUAAGUUUGUGUGUCUGUCAGUGUGGGUCUUUGAGUGUGUGUAUUUAUAUCUUUCGGUGUGUAUUUGAGUGUUUGAGUGAGUGUGUGUGUAAGUUUGUCUGUCAGUGAGUUUGUGUCGGUCUGUCAAUGAAUGUGUGAGUGUGUGUGAGGGUCAGUGAAUAUGGGUGUGUGUCUGUGAGUGAGUUUGUGUAUGUCUGUCUGAGUGUAUAUGCGUUUGUCAGUGAAUGUGUGUGUCUGAGUGAUUAUAGGUGUCUGUCAAUGAAUGUGUGAGUAUGCGUGUCUGUCAGUGCAUGUGCGCUUCUGUCAGUGUGUGUCCGAGUGAUUGUGUGUGUCUGUUAGAUUGUGUCAAUUCAAUUUAAAUGUCAAUUCAGUGAGUGUGUGUGUCAGUCAAAAUGUGUGUUAGUCUUUAACAAGGUGGGGCAGAUUUAAAUUAGAGAGUUCCCAAGUUCAUAAUGCCUUGGGCACCACAAAUCCAUAAUACGCCACUGAAUACAUUAGUACACUCCAUACAUAGUUUGAGACCUGUGAUUAACUGUCAACUGAGCACUCUCAGUCAAUCACUGUCUUAAUCUCUGGUAUGGCUUGAGAUGGAAGUAUAGUUCUGUCUCCUCUGCAUCAUCAUUGGAGGCUGGGUUACUGGGGACCAACCUGCUAAAUGGUAGUGACGUGGAUCCUGGCACCCAUGGACUCCAGGUAACAUUACCGCUUAAAUACAUUUAAGUGGUCAUGGUUGUUUUUGGGGACCCUGCUGGGCCCUGCCACGCUCUAAAUCAAUAUUGCAGUAACCUGGGCUUACCCGACUACUGGCGACAAGCUGUAAUUGUGGCUGACAGUCCUGGAGGGGGCACCGAGCAUAUUGUGGCCUGGUGUGCAGCGUGGAAGGGAGGGGCGGCCAGUCUCCCAUAUGGAGCAGCCUGUGCCAAGCCAAACACCAGCUUGUGCCUUGUCCUCCCUCCUUUGGACCUGCGGAGAUGAUCCCGGAACGGACCCAGGAGGUUUUUCAGUGAGCUAGGAGCACACGACACCACCACAAAGCCAAAACCAUGUGGCAACUAAAAUGACAGCCACCGUGUGUGCUUCUGACCCAGGCAGUGGGAAAAGGGAUGUAUAGUAUCGGCUGAACCGGCUCUGACGCCUUUUGGGAGAAGCUGGCACCUUGCCUGGAACCAGUGGCCCCAGCAGCAGCGAUCACACACCGGGUUUCUCACUCAAGAAGAUGCAGAAGGCAGUGGACACAACACGUCCAAACCGAACAUGGCGGAGAUGUCGACGACAGGUAAUAAUGGCUGUGAGAAGGAACAACACUCCAUCAUGCCUACAUCCAAGCUGGUUUUGCUCUACUGCACCGGAGGGGCAAAAGGAGCAGCAACUCAUCCUGUUUUCAAAUAA